UCUUCCAGCUCUUACUCAAAGCGCUACUUUGCCUGGUGCGUCGCAGAUACUAAGGCGCAGCGUAAGCAUUGAGGAUUAUAUAAUACCAGCAAGCGCUGAUAAAUACAAUGCCGAACAGGGAUAAUUAUGCAAAUGGCGGCAGCGGUAGUGGCAGCGAGGAAUCGGCUUCAGCUGUGGAUUAUGUGUGCCGUGACUUCCUGCGUAAUGUGUGCAAGCGUGGCAAGCGCUGCCGUUUCAAGCAUCCAGAUGCCGAUGAUGUGUCUGACCUUGGAGUGCAAAAGAAUGAAUUUGUUUUUUGCCAUGAUUUCCAGAAUAAGGAAUGUGUGCGUAUUAACUGCAAAUUCAUUCAUGGUACCAAGGAUGAUGAAGAGCAUUACAAGAAAACAGGAGAGCUACCCCCUCGCUUGCGUAAUAAGGUUGCAGCUGGACUUGGCUUGUCUCCUACAGACAUAGCUAAUAAAGAUGAGAUUCCCAUCUGCAGGGAUUUCCUGAAGGGCGAUUGCCAGCGCGGCGAGAGGUGCAAGUUUCGGCAUUUUCGCCACUUGCGGAGAGAGUUUGAUUAUCAGUAUGAAUAUCCGAGUGAAAGUCGAAGUGGAGCUAUGACUACAAGUACAGCUACUGGAAGUUUGUCUACACCCACAAGCCACACUUUUGAGCGUUAUGGCUCCUAUGAGGGCCUCUCCGAGCCAGAAUACUAUUCUUCCUCUUCGUAUUAUCGCUAUGGGGAUCGAUUUGACGAUCCAGUAAUGAAGAGGAGGCGUAUAGGUUAUGAUGGAUACUAUAAUGUAUCCCCAGUAGAAUACCGCAUGUUAGAGGAAGAGAAUGUCAUGCUUCGUAGGCGUGUUGAGGAGCUGAAAAAGCAAGUCUCUGUCUUGGCAGCAACUAACGAAGUAUUGCUCGACCAGAAUGCUCAGUUUCGUAGCCAAGCCAAAGUUGUCACACUUAGCACACUGAGCACCACAGCUCCAACUAGUGAACAGGCUGUAGGCACUGUAACUAACUACAACCAUGGCAUUGCACAAACACACACAACAUUAAGUAGUCAGGCAUUGCAGCCUCGAGCAGUUACUCAGCAGGAGUUGGUGGGUUCCACUGGUGCUCCUGCACCUUCCCAGAGCAAUGCAGCUUCACAGUUAAAUCCUGAAAUUACACCACUUUCUGCUGCACUGGCACAAACAAUUGCUCAAGGAAUGGCACCUCCUGUUUCCAUGGCACCAGUUGCAGUGUCUGUAGCGCCUGUGGCGGUUUCCAUACCUGGGAUCACAAUGAGCCAGUGCACUACACCCAUGGUAUCCUAUCCUAUUGCUUCACAAAGCAUGCGAAUAACAGCCAUGCCCCACUAGGAUAGCUUAAGUACAAUGGGGGGGGGGUGAGUUUAUGAAUACUGGAGCAGGCAGAAUCUGGAGCAGUUGCUCACAGU